CGCCGGGGGUCCUGUGAGGAGAGACCCAGGCGAGGUACCUGCCGCCUCGGCCGCCGCGGGGCGACUCCCGGAAUCUAUCAUAUCUGUUAAAUAACUAUGGAAGAGUAUACCAAGAUAGAGAAAAUUGGAGAAGGUACUUAUGGAGUUGUAUAUAAGGGUAGACACAAAACUACAGGUCAAGUGGUAGCCAUGAAGAAAAUCAGACUAGAAAGUGAAGAGGAAGGGGUUCCUAGUACUGCAAUUCGGGAAAUUUCUCUAUUAAAAGAACUUCGCCAUCCAAACAUAGUCAGUCUUCAAGAUGUGCUUAUGCAGGAUUCCAGGCUGUAUCUCAUUUUUGAAUUCCUUUCCAUGGAUCUCAAGAAAUACCUGGAUUCUAUUCCUCCUGGGCAGUUCAUGGAUGCAUCACUUGUUAAGAGUUAUUUGUACCAGAUCCUUCAGGGUAUUGUCUUUUGUCACUCUAGAAGAGUUCUUCACAGAGACUUGAAGCCUCAAAAUCUGUUGAUUGAUGACAAAGGAACAAUUAAACUGGCUGACUUUGGUCUUGCUAGAGCUUUUGGGAUACCUAUUAGAGUAUAUACACAUGAGGUAGUGACACUCUGGUAUAGAUCUCCAGAAGUGCUGCUGGGGUCUGCUCGUUACUCGACUCCAGUUGACAUUUGGAGUAUAGGCACCAUUUUUGCAGAAUUGGCAACUAAGAAACCACUUUUCCAUGGGGAUUCAGAAAUUGAUCAGCUCUUCAGGAUUUUCAGAGCUUUGGGCACUCCCAACAAUGAAGUGUGGCCAGAAGUGGAGUCUUUACAGGACUAUAAGAAUACAUUUCCCAAGUGGAAACCUGGAAGCCUGGCAGCCCAUGUCAAAAACUUGGAUGAAAAUGGCUUGGAUUUACUCUCGAAAAUGUUAGUCUAUGAUCCUGCUAAACGGAUUUCUGGCAAAAUGGCACUGAAUCACCCGUAUUUUGAUGAUUUGGAUGGUCAGAUUAAGAAGAUGUAGGUUUCCAACAAAGAGCUUCCACAUUAUAAUCUAGGAUGAAUAGUUGUAUUUUUACUGUUGAUUCUGUCUGUUUUUGUCUUUUAUAUUUUUCUUUGCUGUGAACUGAAACUGUACUUCACUUUCCAUUUCAAAAGUAUAACUUAAAAAUGUAA